CAGCGAGUCACAAAGGCACCCGUCACAGACAUCCGAGAUGCAGAUUUUCGCUCUCACUCUGCUUGUCUUUCUUCUCGCUGCUGUGUUCGUUCGUGGGGACCAGGGCAAUGAAGAACACGCUGAAGAUGAUCAAGUGGACGAGCUUAUGGACGACCUGACAGGUGGCAGCGAGGAGCUGUCUCGAAGUAAACGAUGGGACCAUGGAGGCAGCGGGCGUGACAACGGAGCAGGCGUACCAGAAGGUGGUGAAGGCAACGAGCGUCGAGGCGGCGAGAGGCGAGGCGGGCACCGUGGAGGGUAUCGUCGAGGCGGAGGCGACAGACACGGUGGCCAGUGGAGGGAGCGCCAUGGCGGUAGGCGUCCACCCAGACCGGGGGAUGACGGGCCCCGAGAAGGAAACGGCGAAAAGCCUACGGAAAGACGUGGGGAAGGACCUAUGGAAAGACCAGGCGAACGACCAGGCGAACGACCAGGAGAAAGACCAGAAGAGAGACCAGGCGAAGGAACAGGCGAAAGGCUAGGUGAAUGACAAGGCGAAUAACAAGGUGGAAGACGUCAAGAACAAUGAUGACAGCCAUAGGGUGCCCGUCCCCGGAUUUCCAGCUGGGCGCAGCCUAGAUGUCGCGAACGCUGGCUACA